CGGGGAUGACCCAGGGGCCGUCCGCUCUGCAGGCUGCUGAGUGUCGACGUGAGAGCGAGGCUGUUCCCUGAGCCAUGGAGGCGCCUCUGCAGACGGAGAUGGUGGAGCUGGUGCCCAACGGCAAGCACUCAGAGGGGCUGCACUCCAGGGGUGGUGAGGGAGGCCGAGGUGCCGGGAGGGAUGCUGACCCACCCCCUCCCUCCCAUGCGGCGCCGCAGUUUGAGGGGAAGACCUCGUUCGGGAUGUCGGUGUUCAACCUGAGCAACGCCAUCAUGGGCAGCGGCAUCCUGGGGCUGGCCUUCGCCAUGGCCAACACGGGCAUCAUCCUCUUCCUGGGAGGGCCGCUGACCCGGUGCCUGCCCGCCCCUCCCCCAGCCAUGUCCAGCUACCUGUACAUCAUCAAGUCCGAGCUGCCCCUGGUCAUACAGACCUUCCUGAACCUGGAGGAGAAAACUUCGGACUGGUACAUGGAUGGCAACUACCUGGUGAUCCUGGUCUCGGCCACCAUCAUUCUGCCCCUGGCACUGAUGCGGCAGCUCGGCUACCUGGGUUACUCCAGCGGCUUCUCGCUCACCUGCAUGGUUUUCUUCCUAGUUGCAGUCAUCUACAAAAAGUUCCAGGUGCCAUGCCCACUGCUCUCCACCUCCGCCAACAUCACAAGCAACUCCAGCCUUGGGGAGGGGACACCGCCCCUGGGGGAGACUUUCAGCUCAGACUCCUGCACCCCAAACUACUUCACACUCAACAUACAGACGGCAUACACCAUCCCCAUCAUGGCCUUCGCCUUCGUCUGCCACCCCGAGGUGCUGCCCAUCUACACGGAGCUCAAGGAUCCCUCCAGGAGGAAGAUGCAGCACAUCUCCAACCUGUCCAUCGCCGUCAUGUACGUCAUGUACUUCCUGGCUGCCCUCUUCGGCUACCUCACCUUCUACGGUAGGUGCUGGGCUGCGGGGGUGCGCCGGGCCAUCCAGCAGAUGCUGUUCCCGGACCGGCCGUUCAGCUGGCUGCGGCACGUGGUCAUCGCCGUCAGCCUGCUCACCUGCAUCAACCUGCUGGUCAUCUUCGCCCCCAACAUCCUAGGCAUCUUCGGGAUCAUCGGUGCCACGUCGGCCCCGUGCCUCAUCUUCAUCUUCCCUGCCAUCUUCUACUUCCGCAUCGUGCCCACCGAGAGGGAACCUGCCAAGUCCACCCCCAAGAUCCUGGCCCUUUGCUUCGCUGUGCUUGGCUUCUUGAUGAUGACCAUGAGCUUGAGUUUCAUCAUCAUUGACUGGGUGUCGGGGACCAGCCGGAGUGGAGGAAGCCACUAGGACAGCCCGUCCAGGUCUGCCGACUCAUCCUGCGCCCCUGCCCAGACUCCUCAGCCCCUGCUCGCACCCGGCGCCAGGCAGGGCCAGGAGAAAGGCGUGGCUAACGUUACUGCGGCGCAUGGCCCUGCCCCGUCCUCUCUGUGAAAGGCUUUUAUUUUUAAAAAGAACCAGGACCAAGGCCCUUGGCCCGACCCUGCUGGGCCCUGGGGCUGCAGCGCCUUCCUGAGCUGGGCGCGGGGGGGCUGCACCCCUGCUCCCCUCGUGUUGCCUCCCACACUCCAGCCCCUGCUCGCACCCGGCGCCAG